UCAGUCCCAGACUAUCCUUCGUCCAAUCCACUUGUCUAGUGUUAUGUAUCUGGUGUUUAACUUUCCAAUCUCCUGCUGUUUUACCGUUCAGCCUUUUUCCUCGCGAUUUGGGAUUCACGCCCAAAAAUCAACUUUCACCUACAAAAACGAUGAUUGCUUAUUCCACGUUCAUCCUUUUGUUGAUGACUUGUCUAAUUUCAACUUGCACGUCUCACAAAAUUCUCAUUUUGUCCCCAAUCACAACACCAAGCCACACCAACGUUUUGACUCCGUUGGUCAUCACGUUGGCCAAUCGUGGCCAUCAAGUUACUUACUGGAAUGGAUUAAAACCUUCGUUAACUUUAAAUUCGACUCCUAAUUUGAGAAUGUUUUACUCACCGAAUUUGCAAAGAAUCAACAGCGAUCAUCAAAUCGGAUUCAACGAUCGAAAAAGUCCUUUCCGUCUUCUCAUGGACAUUCCAAAACGAAUGGUGACUUAUUGCACGGCCGUUUUCCAGGAUCUUGUCUUCCAUCAGUUGAUGAAAUCUAAAGAACGAUACGAUCUGCUCAUCAUCGAAGGCGUUUUUAAUGAAUGCUCUUUAAUUUUAGCUGAAAUUUUAGACACACCUUUCAUUUAUUUCAACUGCAUGUCACCUCCACCAUGGCUGCUGCAUGCAGUGGGUUCGCCAUUGUCUCUCGAACAAUUCCCUCAUCCUGGAUUCAGUUACACCGACGAAAUGAAUUUGUGGCAACGGACUUUAAAUUCUGUCGUUGGCGUGAUGGUCGUCUAUUUUCAUCGAUGGUACGUCAUGUCUAUCGUGGAUAACCUGGCGGCCGAAAUGUUUGGAAGAGGAAAUUUGACCUCCGUCGUGGAAACCCAGGAUCGUUAUUUAAGUCUAUUGAUGACAAAUAUUCAUUUUAGUAUUAAUUACCAACUACCAACAUCACCAGCUGUUGUUCAAGUCGGUGGAUUGUACUGUGUUCCGCCUAAAGCCUUACCGGACGAACUGGAAUCUUUUAUUAAUGGUUCCGGCGAUGCUGGAUUCAUCCUCGUUAGUUUCGGUUCCAUCCUGAAAGGAGCAGAAAUGUCUGAUGAUAUACGAUGUCUUUUGCUGUCGACAUUUGCCAGGUUAACACAAAGAGUCGUCAUGAAAUGGGAAAAUGAAAGUAAAAUAGGACGUGAUGAAAUCAUUCCACCUAAUGUUAAACUUUUACCUUGGCUACCUCAACAAGAUCUUCUUGGUCAUCCCAAGAUAAAACUAUUCAUCAAUCAUGGUGGAUUGAACAGUAAACAAGAAGCUGUUUAUCACGGCGUUCCUUUCAUUGCUCUGCCAGUCUUUGCCGACCAACCCAUCAAUGCCCAGAAGGCUCGAGACGAUGGCUACGCCAUUUUGCUCGAUUGGGACAACUUAAGUGAAGAGAUUUUGUUUGAUUCUAUUCAACAGAUGCUCUUCGAUCCAAGGUUUGCCUCGAGAAUGAAACAAGUUUCAACGUUGAUGCAUGACCAGAUGGAUCAACCUUUGGAUCGUGCCGUCUAUUGGAUCGAAUACGUGGUACGUCACCAUGGUGCGUCACAUUUGCGUGGCUCUUCUCGUAAACUUUCCCUCUACCAACGUGGUUUUUUGGACGUGCUGCUCCUCGUCCUCGUUUUUACCUUCUUAAUCGUAUACGUUGCAUUCCGACUUUGUCGACGUUUUGCAUCGAAUGGCACGUACUCAACCAGCGCUGCCAAAAAAGACGAAUGAGAACAAAUUUAUAUCUCUGCUUAAAAAUAAUUUAUUUUUAAAAUAAAAUCAUUUUACAUUUGUUUUUUAUUAAAUGAAAAUUUGUUUGGUGCAUCACAUCAUAUUUAAUUGAUAUACAAAUAUUGAUAAGAA